UUACCAACACCAGACAAAAAAAGACUCAUUUUCGCAUUUAUUAAAUUUUUUGCAAAUAUUUUAAACUUUCCGCAAUUAAAGCGGGCCAGUACACAUUGCCAACAUGCUUUACCUGGAGGACUACCUGGAGAUGAUAGAGCACCUGCCGCAGGAGCUGCGCGACCGCUUCACGGAGAUGCGCGAACUGGAUCUCGCAGUUCAGAACAACAUGGACUCCCUGGACAAGAAGACCCACCUGUUCUUUAAGCAGUGCAAGCGCGACGAGCUGCAGCACGAGUCCAUGGACACGGAAUUCCACAGCCUGCGCGGCGAGUACUUCAAGGUGAUGGAGGACGCCGACGAGAAGGUGGCCAUCGCCACGCAAAUCCACGAGCUGGUCGAGCGCUACCUGCGCCGCCUGGACAGCGAGCUCUUCAAGUUCAAGUGCGAGCUGGAGGCGGACAACAACGGCAUCACCGAAAUCCUCGAGCGCCGCUCUCUGGAGCUGGAUGGCAACUCGACGGCCGCCACCGCCCUGCUGCUGAGCAUGAACCAGAAGGAGAACCGAUACUUCGGCGCCAGUUCGGCCAAUAGUCUGGUGAACAGCUCUGCGGCCCACAGUGCCUCCGGAGCCGACACGGGCUCCUCGGACCUUGCCCUGUUCAGCGGAGCCGCCGGCUCUGGCGGCGCCCUCUCCAGCAUCGCCACGGCCCAGCUCAGCUCCAGCCAGCGACACCGCAAACUAGAGAAGCGUCGCGAGACCAUCUGCACCGUGCCCGUCCAGGAGAAGCGCGCCAACCUCAACCACUCGCUGCCCGUGGUCGGUUCCGGCUCGACGGCUCCCUCGGCGGCCUCCUCCUCGCCCGCCACAGCGUCCGUAGCUUCCGCCGGCCUGGCCAGCGUCACAUCCGCCCAAUCGCAGGCCUCCAAUCACAUCGGCAGCAUCGCCGCCACGCAUCUCACCCUGCCCGUCACCGUGGGCGUAAGUGUGGGCGUGGGCGUGACCGGCGGCAGUAGCAACCUGGCCAACAACACCCUGACCGCCGGAACGAGCUCACUGGUGCGCCAACUGCCCACGAACCUGGCGCACAGCGUGCUGAGCAGCACAGGCGGAGCAGCUACGGCAGUGGCAGCGGGAGGAACCUCCACACCGGUGGUCACAGCAACCACCGGCCACAGCGGCCACUCGGCCGGCGGGGCCACAGUCACCUACAACCUGCAGCAGCUAGGCGGAGGAGCAGCCGCCUCCAGUGCCAUUGCGGCGGCGGCCAGCCAGGCGAUCGUGGCCACGCAGCAGAUGCAGCAGGGUCGGCGGACGGCCAGUCUCAAGGCCAGCUACGAGGCCAUCCACGGAACGGCAGGGACCACGGCGGAGUUCUGGUCGCAGGCGGGCCAGGGCGGUCUGCAGCAGUCGACGGGCGGAUCGGUGACAGCGACUGCCGGCACUGCACUGGCCACCGGCGGCGCCAGCGGAGGCAACAGCGGAUCGCAUCACUCCCAGUCGCACCACAGCAGCCAUGGACACGGGCAUGGCCAUGGGCAUGGGCAUGGCCACGGGCACGGGCACCACCACAGCAGCAGCGGCCACAGCGGCGGGCACAGCAGCCACCACCAGGAGAAGAAGCAGAAGAAGAAGCUGACCACUGCCUUGGCGCUGCCCUCUUCGCUGGCGGUCCAGCCGCUGGCCGGCUCCUCGUCCGGCAACUCGAUUGGCUCGGUAUCCUCGUCGAUGAGCGUGGAGUCGAGGGACAUGCUCUCCAUGGUGGCGGUGGCGGCGGCGGCCUCAACGAAUCUUUCGGCUGGUGGACUGACUCACGGCUCGCUGGCCAUGGCCGGCGGCGGAGGAGGAGGAGGCAGCUUGACGGCGAGUGCUGCAGGCAGCGUUGCAGGCGGCGUGGCUGCCAUGAGCCUGCCCACCACCACCACGAUGACGCCCGGCUCCAGCCUGACCAUCGGCGAGAACGGACUCGUGGUGGAGCAGACGAACGAGGGCGAAUGGUCGUACGAUCCCAACGAGCCCCGCUACUGCACGUGCAACCAGGUGAGCUACGGCGACAUGGUGGCCUGCGACAACGACGCCUGCCCCUACGAGUGGUUCCACUACCCCUGUGUGGGCAUCACGCAGCCGCCCAAGGGCAAGUGGUACUGCCCCAAGUGCACCGCCUCCAUGCGGCGACGGGGCAACCGCAAGAACUGAGGACCACUUCGCCAGCGGCAGGUGGUAGCUGUCUUCAUCCGGCUCCUGGGAUUAUGUUGGUUAGUUGGUUAGUCCUGGCCGAACCAAAAUUGUAUUCGUUCGUAACCAUAAUAAUUAAGGGUUCCGACUUAAAAUAGAAAAGAAAAAUAUUCUGCAAUAAAGAAAUUAAUUAAUAAAUCAUUAAGGUCUGGUUUCUCCAGUGCCAUUAUCCGCAAAAUACAAAAUCGACCAAA